ACUAUGCGUGUUUUGGAGUUUUGUAUUUUUUGUGCAUUAUUCGCACUCGUGUUCUAUUCAAUGGCAUCUGAUGCAGCACCGAAUGAAGACGAUUUUUUGAUGAAAAAUAUCUCGAACUUACAUUUCCAAUUGUUUUCUUCCAUUCAAAAGAAAACGAAAAUGAUAAAGACAGCUGUCUUUGAGACUCAAUGCAGUGGAUCAGGCUGUACGUUCAAUGGUUGCGAGUCUAGUGGAUCCGAAACCUGUGAUGGACAGAUGUUCACAAAGUUGAACAAGAUCCAAUCAAGUAUCAACAACAUUUGGAAAAGGAAGUCGACAGCUAUUGUUUGUAAACAAGGAUGGAAACGUUACAACGGCCACUGUUACCAUCUGUUCAGUGGAAAAAUGAACUGGUUUGAAGCACAGAUUUUCUGCAGAAAACAAGGAACUACAUUACUGCAAAUAAAUAAUGCAAACGAAAAUAAAUGGCUAACAAAGAAUUUUCCAGAUGUUCAAUACUGGAUUGAUUUCACUGACAAUGGUAUGGAGGGAAAAUGGGUGACAUUGUCUACCGGAAAAAGCGAGUUUACAAGUUGGGAUCGUGGACAACCCGAUAAUGCCGCUGGAAAACAACACUGUGCCUACAACAAUUUUUCAAGACGCAUUGGACAUUGGGAUGAUAUUCGCUGUACAUAUUCAUUUCAAGUAAUGUGUGAAGCAUCAGGUUCUGGAUUCUGACCAUGGAAGAUAAAACCUAUGCACGCAUUAUAAAUGAAAGGAAUCAAAUUCAUUUAUUAAAAAUGAAAAAAAAAUGAG